AUGCCUUCAGGCGAAGCAGCUUUGGCUUACGCUCAGUCUGUAUAUUUAGAAAUAUACAAAAACACGAAGGCGCUGCACAGCAGCAGCAGCAGCAGCAGCAGCAGCAGCAGCAGCAGCAGCAGCAAACCAGCAGCAGCAGCAGCAGCAACAGUAAAACCAGAAUCAGGUGGAUAUAGUUCUGCUGCAUCAGGAGAUACAUCAGCAGCAGAUCCUGCUGCUGCUGCUGCUGCUGCUGCUGGUGAUGCAGCAACAGCAGCAGACACAGCAGCAACAGCAGCAGCAACAGCAACAGCAGCAGCAGCAGCAGCAGCAGAAGAUACAGCAGCAAAAAGACAAAAGACACCAACAGGAGGUUGGUUGCCAUCUAUACACGAAGAGGGAGAACCAUCUGCUGCUGCUGCUGCAGCAGCAGCAGCAGCAGCAGGUGCUGCUGCUGCUGCAGCAGGUUCAGACCCAUCAACAGAAGCAGCAGCAGCAGCAGCAGCAGCAGGAGGAGGAGAGAGUGUAUUUAAUUUAUUUAAUAUUCGCAUGCUAGCAGCAGAAGAUAUAAUAAAAUGCAGCAAAAUAUAUGAAAGAGCAGCAAGGGUAACAGGCCAAGAAUAUCUUUUGCUGCAGUCGCUGCUGCUGGACCUCUCCGCGCUGCUGCAGCUGCAGCAGCAGCAGCUGCAGCAGCUCAAUACACAAAUGCUGGCGUUUGCUCAGGAAGAUUAUAAUAUUUCUAAACACCAGCAGCAGCAGCAGCAGCAGCAGCAGCAGCAGCAGCAGCAGCAACAUGGGAUUAUGCAGCUGCAGCAGCAGCAGCAGCAGCAGCAGCAGCAACAGUUAUUGCUGCAGCAACCGCAGCAGCAGCAACAGCAACUUAAUUAUUAA